AUGCGAUUUUUCCUCUAUUUUUACGCUACAGUACUUCUGGUGCUAGUUUUUGGCGCCAAUUUUGGCGCAGCUCAAAAUUGGGGCCCACCACCACCACCUCCUGGACCACCACCGCCACCUGGACCACCUCCUCCACCUCCACCGCCACAAGAAACUAUUAUUCAGGAGACUGUGAUCACCAGAAGUGGACCUUUUAAUUAA